AUGCAAUCAGUUCUUGGAGGUACUGUUCAAAAAGCUGGCGAAGCCAUCAGUGGAGCUAUGUCGUCCAACAAGAAGCUCACCGAUAUGAAACGGAAUGAGAUUGAGCCAAAGUCCAGUGACCGUUUGACAACUGAUUAUGGAGUGAGGCAACCAACCCAUGACAACUGGCUGCAUGCUUCUACUGGUGAUCGCCAAGGGCCAGCCCUUCUCGAGGACAAUUUUGGACGUGAGAAGAUUAUGAAGUUUGACCAUGAACGUAUUCCCGAGCGAGUCGUCCAUGCAAGAGGUGCUGGCGCCUUCGGAAACUUCAAGUUGUACGAGAGUGCCGAAGAUGUCACCAGUGCCGGUGUCCUUACCGAUACAUCUCGUAGCACGCCUGUAUUUUUGCGAUUCUCUACUGUCUUAGGUUCUCGCGGAAGUGCAGAUACCGUAAGAGAUGUUCGAGGUUUUGCAGUCAAGUUCUACACCGACGAGGGAAAUUGGGAUAUUGUUGGAAAUGAUAUUCCUGUGUUUUUCAUCCAGGAUGCUAUCAAAUUUCCUGAUGUGAUACAUGCAGGAAAACCUGAGCCUGAUAAUGAGAUCCCUCAAGCACAAACUGCACACAAUAACUUCUGGGACUUCGUAUACUUGCAUUCUGAAGCAACACAUAUGUUCAUGUGGGCAAUGUCCGAUAGAGGAAUCCCAAGAUCCUACCGCAUGAUGCAAGGAUUUGGAGUGAAUACCUACACUUUGACCAAUGCUCAAGGCGUAAGACACUUUGUCAAGUUUCACUUCACCCCAACUCUUGGUGUCCACUCCCUCGUAUGGGAUGAGGCAUUGAAGAUCGCUGGCCAAGAUCCGGAUUUUCAUCGCAAGGAUCUCUUCACAGCCAUCGAGAGCGGCUCUUUCCCAACUUGGAAAUUUGGUAUUCAAGUCUGCCCUGAAAGCAAGCAAGAUGACUUCGACUUUGAUAUCCUCGACGCUACAAAGGUCUGGCCUGAAGAGCUUCUCCCAAUUAGAUACAUAGGAGAGCUUCAACUCAACAAGAACCCCGACGAAUACUUCACACAGAUCGAGCAAGCCGCCUUCUGCACAGCUCAUGUUGUACCAGGCAUCGGCUUCUCAGAUGAUCCCCUCCUUCAAGGCCGAAACUUCUCGUACUUUGAUACCCAACUCUCCCGCCUCGGCGUCAACUGGCAAGAACUCCCUGUCAAUCGUCCAGUUUGUCCGGUUAUGAACAACCACCGAGACGGACAGAUGCGCCACACGAUCCAAAAAGGCAAGAUCAACUACUACCCCAAUCGUCACGACAUCGUCCCUGCUGCAAAACCCAGCGAAGGCGCUUACAUUGACUAUCCGGAGAAGGUCGUCGCAAUGAAACAGAGAUUGCUCUCUAUAAAAUUCUCUGAACACUUUGCUCAAGCUCAGACGUUCUGGAAUUCUAUGGCUGAUUACGAAAAAGCUCAUAUUAUUAACGCACUUGGCUUCGAGCUCGACCACUGCGAUGAACCUAUCGUCUAUGAAAGAAUGAUCAAUCGCCUCUCGGACAUCUCUCUCGAUCUCGCACAAGCAGUCGCCGAGAAAGCAGGUGCACCUACACCUACGAAAGCAGGCAGGCCAAAUCACGGACUCAAGAUGAAAGGUCUCUCAAUGACUGAGUUUACCCCCGAAGCACUAGGCCUCCCUCCUACCAUUGCGACCAGAAUGAUUGCCUUUAUCAUUGCCGAUGGCUUUAACCUUUCUGAGUACGAAGCUGUCAAAGGAGCUUUGAGCGCUGCAGGCGCGUUGUGUUUCACAAUCGGUCCCAAGAGACAGCCAGUCAAGAGCUCAAGCGGAAAGACAGUUGCCCCAGAUCAUCAUUUCGAGGGCAUGAGAAGCACGAUGUUUGAUAGCAUCUAUGUUCCCGGUGGUGAGCAUGUUUCUACCUUGAUGAAGCAGGGCAGAGUUAUCCACUGGGUUAGAGAGGCAUUUGGGCAUUGCAAGGCUAUUGGCGCCACUGGUGAAGGUGUCAAGCUCGUCAAGAUGGCCUGCGAGGUUGAGGGAAUGGUAUUCAGCAGUGGGGAAGGAGGAAGUGUUACGGAGUCAUACGGUGUUGUUACUGCAGGUGGAGUUGGCAAGCCGGAAAGUGUGGGUGAUGCUUUGAAGAUGGUGAAGGGUGCUAAGAACUUCAUUGACGCUUAUGCGUUCAAUAUUUCUCAACAUCGAAACUUCAAGCGCGAGGUUGACGGGUUGACUAGUAUGGUUGCUUUCUAA